AUGGCCUCCCCCGGUUCCUCUGGCACAACCUGCAGCCGCCGCACCAACCUGUUCGACGGUCCCGACCCCGUCGUCAUCCGCGAUCUCAACAUCCUCGCUCGGGUUCCCGUCGUCCUCGAUCAUCCCACCUCCACCUACUAUGCCUGGAAGACGUACUUCUCCCUUGUGUUCCGUGAGUACAACCUCCGGGAUCACAUCGAUGGCUCCGUGGAUUCCCGCUUCAUGGAGGACGAUGAGGAGUGGACGUCCAUCGACGCCACUCUCAUCCGUUGGUUCUACACCACCAUCUCGAAGGACCUCUUUCACACGGUGGUCUCCGCCGACGACGACACUCAUGCCGUUUGGACCAAGCUCAACGGCCUCUUCACCGACAACGCGCUCCAAUGCAAGGUUUUCUUGCACGGCGAGUUCUUUGGGUGCCAGCAGCUCAACUCGUCCGUUGAUGACUAUUGCAUGCGCCUCAAGAAGCUUGUUGACGAGCUCCGUGACCUCGGUGAGAAGGUCUCCGAUGAGCUUCUUCUUAGCACAUUCAUCGCCGGCCUGAACGACGACUUCGAGAACGCCGCCUCCAACAUCCCCCUCAUCACCAACCCGACUUUCCCCAAGAUCGUCGCGUACCUGAAGCUGCAGGAGAGGAGGAUGCGGAUGUCGCGUACACGGGCCACCCACACGGCCCUCACCGCCGGUACUUGCGGCGGCGCGGCGCCCACCGCCCCGGUUCCUCCGCCAUGGCCUGCACCGGGUCCCUUCCAGGCGCCGCCGCCGCCGCCCGAGUUCCCCUACCCGCAGCCGCCGCAGGCUCCCCCGCCGCCCCCCGCCGAGCAGCAGCAGCGCCGCGGUGGCCGACGUGGCCGCAGCAGCCACAGCAGCAGUCGGCCGCCCAAGGCGGGGCGCCGCGCCACCUGCAGCAGCCGCUCCCGCCGACGCCCUGGCAGGGACCGCACCCCUCCCCCCCCCCCCCCCCCCGGCGCCCGCGACGCCCUUGGCGUCCCCGGCCCCGACCACGCCGUCGGCAUCCCCGGCGGCCGCGCCGCCGUCGGCCUCCCCGGUGGCCGUGACGCCUCAUGCGUCCCCCGCGCCCCUCUCGGCGUCCCCCGCGGCCUCGCCCGCGGCCUCGGCGGUGGUGGGCUCUUCUUCGUCAUCGCCCGCCGCUGCCCCGGACUCGUUGCCCCGCCCGAUGACUCGCUCUAG